GGUGAUGUGCUUGCAGUGAGAUUUUCAGGACCUGCUCAGCAGAGCACCAUCAUGUGAUACUGGGAUAAGGUGGAGUUCGGCUUUAAGGGGGAGUCUCCAGCCUUCCUCACCAAUCUUUAGGAUCUCAGCUGGAGGAAUACCAGAAGAUCCUUCCCCUACUCCUUCUUCUCCCUCCAGCCUCCUCAGCCAGCCCCUGAGCGGAUCAAAGACGGGCAGAGCAGUUGCAAGGUGGUGCGAGGGAGAUGCGGCACCGAGGAGCGGGCUCUGCCGAGGGUCUCCUAACGGGCUGAUGGGCGCGUUUUGACCUGCGGGAGAGGUCUGGAUGACAGCGGCAGCGGCGGCGGCGGCCGUGAACGUCGCCCAGCGAGUUGGAAACAAGAUGAAUACUUCAGUUCUCGCCCCCCUGGGAAAUAUUUCUGGUCACCUGAAUUUUUCGGAGAAGAACUCACAGAUCUUGCAGUUUGAGGAUGAGGAUUGCCAUGUGCCUUUGGCCAUGGUCUUCACUCUGGCCUUGGCUUACGGGACUGUGAUAAUUCUGGGAGUCUCUGGGAAUCUGGCCUUGAUUGUCAUUAUUUUAAAACAAAAGGAGAUGCGUAAUGUUACCAACAUCCUCAUUGUCAACCUGUCCUUUUCUGAUCUUCUCGUGACCAUCAUGUGUCUUCCCUUUACCUUUGUGUAUACUUUAAUGGACCACUGGAUUUUUGGGGAGGCCAUGUGCAAAUUGAAUCCUUUCGUGCAAUGUGCCUCAAUCACCGUCUCGGUCUUUUCUUUAGUCCUAAUUGCUAUCGAACGCCAUCAGCUGAUCAUCAAUCCCCGUGGCUGGAGACCCAACAACAGACAUGCCUACAUGGGGAUCGCUGCCAUAUGGAUUUUAGCCACAGCUUCAUCUUUGCCUUUCCUGAUCUAUCAUGUGUUAACGGAUGAACCCUUCAGAAACAUAACAUUUGAUGAAUAUAAGGACAAAUAUGUGUGUUUGGACCUGUUCCCCUUGGACACUGCCAGGCUUUCUUAUACCACGACACUUUUGGUGAUUCAGUACUUCGGACCGCUUUGUUUUAUAUUUAUUUGCUACUUAAAGAUAUACAUACGAUUAAAAAAAAGGAACAACAUGAUGGACAAGAUGAGAGACAAUAAGUACAGAUCCUCUGAAACCAAAAGGAUCAACAUCAUGCUGAUCUCAAUAGUGGUCGCAUUUGCAGUUUGCUGGCUGCCUCUCACCAUCUUCAAUAUCGUGUUUGAUUGGAAUCAUGAAAUUCUGCCUGUUGCCACCUGCAGCCACAACCUGUUGUUCCUGAUUUGCCACCUCACCGCCAUGAUCUCUACUUGCGUGAACCCCAUCUUCUAUGGGUUUCUCAAUAAGAACUUCCAAAGGGACCUGCAGUUUUUAUUUCAUUUUUGUCAUUUCCGCUCCCGUGAGGAGGAUUAUGAGACUAUAGCCAUGUCCACUAUGCACACGGAUGUUUCAAAAACCUCUUUAAAGCAGGCAAGCCCAGUUGCAUUUAAAAAAAUAAGUAGCGAUGAUGAUGACAGAAUAUAAAGAAGUAAUAAAAAUUCUACACCAAACUGCUGGAAGUGUGAUCGCAGGUGAAACGUGUCCAAGGACAAGCACAAUUACAUAACAAGUACAAAAUGGGUAAUGUUUUUCUUCUUUUUUUCCCAAGGAACUUUGAUUGUUGUCACUUUGAAAUUAUACGCAGUGCAUUUUUGCCCCUCUUACUGCUUUAAUGUUGGCAGCAGUUAUAUCUGAAUCUUAUUAUACAACUUAGUUGGACCUGCUACUACCUAUGGUUUUCAUCAAAUGUCUUUUUUUUCUGUUUUCUUUGUACAGUUAUGUGCACAAAGAUAUAUUUAUUGAUUUUUUCCAAAGAAGUAGUUUUCAGGAGUGUCCCUCUAAGACCAUUAGAAACAAUAUGAACCGCAGGGAGGCUGUCACUACAGAGGACACCCAUCCCAGAAAAAAAUUAGGACAUUCUGAUUUGAAGAGUUCUUCUUCUUCCUCUUCUUUUUUUUUUUUUUUAAAUCCGGCUUUUGAUUGAUGUUAAAAUCCUGUAAAAUCAGCGUGGGCACACAGAAAAUGAUUCUGUGAAACCUGUAGAAUGUGUUAAAUGGGGACAUGCAUUUGUCUCGUUCAUAGAGGCAAUUCAGGUUGUAAUCACUUAGGUUCAAAAGCAGGAUUAAGAGAGAAAUUCUGUUCUCAUUUACAAGAAUAAAACCCUACAGUAAUUCCACAGAGCACAAAAGGAUAACUGAUGUUUCACCACAGCAAAUGAAGGCACAAAUGGGCCUUCAGUCCCAACUGAUUAUAGCUGAUUUUAAUAAUACAGACUUUUUAAUUUAAAAAACCCAAGCACCAUUUUCAUCUGCCAUCACUGACAGGAGUUAGUGUUGCUGGGAUGAAAUGUACUGUCUGUCCCAAGCCUAUGAACCUUGUAAAUUCUCCUUGGGACCUGUGUCCAGAAUCUAAAGGGAGAUGGGACUGUUCACUGUCUGUAUAAGGUGCAAUUCCACCCUCGCAGGUGACAGUGAAAAUCACGUCUGGUAUUAAAAAAAUAAGGUUCAGCUACCUGAGUCUUUUCAUAAUAAUUAGCGUUGAUCUAUAUAAAUUAUGUAUAGCCUCAUAAUAUUCUGUGUUCAGAUGCAAGGGUAUAAACCUGGAUUAUCUCCAAGACAAUGGAAGGUUUAAUCAAAAUCUGCAAAAUUUAAAAGGAGGAUAUAGAUACAGUUUGGGUGUCAUUGGUAUGUUUAGCUUUCAAACUCACAUUUUCCACAGUUGGUUGAAGUGUGGAAAUGUUUGCCAAAUAUACACAAUAGAGCUCUGUGUGUUAUUGCUUAAAAUAUAUAUCCUCUAAUUUCACAAAAUAUACAUGACUAGAUCCCCAGCUGAGGGAAACCUGCAUAACUUGACUGCUGUAAAUGAAACUACAACAAUAUCAGCCAGCUGAGGUUCUGUGUCAUACACUGUACUUUGCUGUAUAAUCAAUGCCUUUUCAAAUAAUCAGCUUUUAAAAAUACAAUAUAGACCCUACUUUCUUUUAGCAAGGUCAAUUUAAACCAUUCUGGCAGAGAUAAAGGGUCUUUAAAAUGGAUAUAAAUGUAAAUGUAGCAUAAAUGGAAAUCUGACCUGACAUCUUUCUGAGCAAAAAGAUCUCAGGUUGUGAUAAUGAAUUUAACGUGUUCUAAAUUUGACAUGGAUAAAUGCCUAAGAAAUGAAAAUUAUUGGGUUUGCCAGUAUUUAAAAGUAAAAAACCGUGCCUUGUGCUGUCUUAGAAAUUGUGUAGAAUAUUAAAGUAGCAAUGUGUUCUUGUGCAUUAUAAUUCCAUGUAUUUCUCUACUGGCAGAUAAUUUAAUUAAAAAGGAGGUUUCUGUGGUUGAGAACAGGGAGGGAAUACAGAAAAUGAAUUAUAAGACAGAACUUUCUUUCAGAGCUUUGCCCUUUUUUUAUUUUAUGAGAUUUCUCUUUCUUUUGUGGUUCUCUAUGGAGUGUGUUGUUAAUACUUUGACAAGAGUCUCCUGAAAUUAUUCCCCUGUCACUUUACAAUAAUUUCAUAUGCGAAGAGAUGUGUAUUUUCACAAAGAGAUACAACGUAGAAACCCAGCCAUGUUUUUCUAUUAAGAAUGUCACAGUAGGCUUUUCCCAUUAGAAAGGAAAUCACAGAAAAUUUUAUGGUUUUUCCCAUUUUUGAAAAAAGCACUUUCUUCCAAUCCAGUGGAAGAAGAAAACAGAAUUAUUUGAGAAAGUUUCCAGUUAGUUUGCUGGAAAUUUUUGAUCAGGCUGAAUUAGGUGUUUAUACAGAGUAGGUAUUGGAGCAACUUUAGAGGAACCUGCCAGUGGACGGAGACCUAAACCUGUAUGUCCUAAGAUUCAGAGGUCUCCAGUGGGAUAGCAACAUAAUUCCUCCUGUGUCAACCUUUCUCCUGCUUGAGGUACAGUCUCAAAUCAUACAGCCCAUCUGAUACCGCCUCAUACUGUCUCCUGAGAAUGCCUGUCAGGUGGUUUUUGCCUACCAAUGCCUGAUACACAAGUUGAAGUGUAGGCAGGAACGUUCCUUCGACUCCUAGGAGCCACUGUUGUCCUAGGAUCAGGCUUCUCUUACAUGUUUCCUCACUUCCCUGCAAGAAGCCUUUCUGAGCCUUUGCUAAGGACGCAGGCUAGCACAUCAUCGUGCGAAUAGCACAGGGGAUGCUGCCUGAAAUGACAGUGGAAAAUGAAUACAGUGUAAAGAGCGUUCAUCACAGAAAUGCAUUUGGAGAAUUUCAGAAGCAAAAUCGUUGCUCUUCCGAAGAAUUUGUUAUGAGGACAAAGAUAAAAGUAGUCUCUCUGAGGUGCUGACCUGCCAUCUGCAGGGCGUAGAUGACAUCUCCCAAGAGCAGUAUUUUUGUCUUUGGUUUCAUGACUUGACUCUGGAGUCCUCAAAAGCCACUGGAGACUUUCCCCUCCUGACACCUGGCUAUGACACUAAUCCUUUUUUCACUUUCAGAGCUCCAGCAUGGUUUCUUAUCCUCUAUAUGCUAAAUUUCUUUACAGGGUAAGCUGUUGGAUUUCAUGUUUCUCUAUCAUUUCUCAGUCAUUCUGGCUUGAUAUUUGUUCCUCCUAUGUGCUGUUUUGUCCAACUCUCCACACUUCAGCCCAUGCCGAUUCCUAUCUCAAAAGCCUGAAGAUCCCUCUUAUUCUUUCAGAUUGGCAGAAAAGUUUUACUGACAGAAAAACAGAACAUUAGGGGAUCUAUA